AUGGAAAGAGCAGAAGGGAUGGACGGAGAAACCGACCUCGUGCUGUUCGAAAGUGGAGGAAAUAUUAUUUGUGAAGCGAGCGGUGAUGUGAAUUGCACAAGGAAAGACAAUGCAGGGGGUGGCGGCAAGGAAAGUUUUGUAAACGACAUGGAAAAUAACUUCACUAACAGCUUGGUAAACAGUUUGUCAAAGAACAUGGCAAAAAGCUUCAACAAAAAUGGCAGCAGAAAUGGUAACAGAAAUGGUAACAGAAAUGGCAACCGGAAUGGCAACAGGAAUGAUAACAGGAAUGAUAACAGGAAUGAUAACAGGAAUGAUAACAAAAGUGGCAACAGGAAUAGCCACCAUAAUGGCCUCCACAAUGGCAUCAAAAACUUCACCCAAAGCUUCGACUUGAUGCUGAGCAACUUCAACUCGAUGCAGAUAACACAGAACGAACACAGGCACAACAACACGAGCGGCGGCUUGGGCCAGAACAGAAAUAACGGAGCAAAUCAUCCCAGAGAGGAAAAGAAAAGACGCGAUAGAAACAGAAACAGGAAUAAAGAAAAACAGUUAAAGUUAAAAGUGAAGAAUUCAAAUUGUGUAAAAAAUUACGAACAGGACAGUGCCAACAAUAAGAAAGCAGUGAUGAAUAGCUUUGCUUCGUCUUGCAAUAAAAAAAAGUAUGCCGAAGAGAGGGACAAAUUUUAUGACAGCAACACAACGAUAUCGUCAAGUUUGAACUGCGCAGAGGAGGGAAAGAGUGACCAAAUUAAUACUGAGGCUUACGUGAGUAACACGUUUGAGAAGGUUGACAUGAAUGAGUGCUAUAUGAAAACGGAAGAGAGCAUAGCGAGGGGCUCAGGCGGGGAAGCAGAGAAGGCCGUAGAGGGGGGUGAGAUCGGAAGCACGACCAGAAGCGCGACCAGAAGCGCAGUCGACAGUGCAGUGGAGGAUACAAUCGAAGGUGAAGACGGAAGAGCAGACGGAAGAGCGGAGGACGACGCAGAGCGCGGCGGAGAGCCCAGCACGGAAACCCUUGUUGAACCGCUAGAUAACAAAAGCAAAGUUAAAAGGAGAAAUGACCCCAAGAGUCACCCUGUGCAGAAAAAUGCUCCCAAUAGUUACCCUGUGCAAAAAAAUGCUCCCAAUAGUUACCCUGUGCAGAAAAAUGCUCCCAAUAGCCACCCUGCGCAGAAAAAUGCUCCCAAUAGCUACCCUGCGCAGAAAAAUGCUCCCAAGAGUCCCCCUGUACAGAAAAAUCACCCCAAGUGCGACAUCGUCAGUGGCAGCGCAGAACACCAGACCAACAACCAACACAUAAUGAAUGGCCAAACGAAUGAAGCAAAUUAUAUCAACUAUAACUAUGACUAUAACAAUUAUGUAAACCCGGUAGUGUACAAUAAAAUGAUGCAAAUGAAGUACAAUACAUAUAACCCCUAUUUUAAUUAUAACCAAGCAAAUAAUAAUGCAUGCAAAUAUGAUACUGGUGCCAUGUCUAGUCCUUACUCACCUUUUGCCAAGCCGAACGAAUUUUUUAUGUACGAUCAUCAAAAUAAUGUGCCCCAUAUGACACCAAAUUAUUAUGGCAAUUAUUUAUAUUUUUACGCAAAUCCUUAUAGUUAUGGGCAGUGUGCUAUGGUGAAUAAAAUGAAGGGUGGAGAUAACGGGGCUCGGGAAAAUUUCAGCUGCAGGGCGGAUCAGGCGAAGGGUGCCGUUAAGAGUACAGGAGAACUACUGGAAUUUAACGAGGGAGCUAACCUCAUCGGAGGAGCUAACCCCAUCGGAGGACGUGCCAGAAGCGGAGGAGCUAACCCCACGAAGGACGUGUCAGAAGCGGAGGAGUUCCUAAAUGAUAGGCAGAAGGUCGAAGACGAGGUGAGCAGCGACGGAGGGGAAGAAGAUUCAGAUGAAGCAGAUCCGCUAAACGGACAGCAAGAAGGGACUACCAAUGGGGAAAAUACACAGACAGACGAAAACAAACUCGGGAAAAUAACAAAACAUAAGGGUCACACACAGCACUGCAGCGUUACAGAAUUGAAAGUAAAAAAUGAGAAAGAAGAGGCACAUAUAAACAUGAGCGUACGAAAUGAUUAUAGUAAAAAAAGCAACAACACCUUGGUGGGAACAAAUGAAUGGAACAAAUGUCUAAGUGGAAAUUUCACAGAAGAACGAAUGAAGCAGGUAAAGGGGAACACCAAGCAGAAGAAAAAAAAAUUAUCCAAGUUGCUUUCGCUAAAGAGUGCAAACAAGAACUGCAGCAGAGACGUAUGCGUAAGUAAUGAGAACACCGUUGGGGGAAACACAAAGAGAAGCAACAAACACAUCGACAGCGCGAUGUAUGGUAGCAGUGGAAACCUUGGGAAUGCCCCCAAUGUUAUCAAAUAUCCUAAAAAUACACAGCUUCAAUAUAAUGGUCAGGUGAAUCCCUCCUCCGUGUACAGCUACAUAUUACACGCAAACAAUGCAGAGAGCGCAAACUGCGAGAAGAGGUUUAUGAAGCCGCCUCCAAAUGACAUGGACCUGUAUAUGAACAACCAGUAUCACAUGAACCAGCUGGCCAACGAGCAGAUGAUGUUCAAUUUAAGCGGUCGGAACUAUGGUUACUAUUACUACCCCUACGCGCCCCCCUCGGCCGCCUACACUGAUGAGGUUUACUUGAAUUAG